ACCAUGGCGAGGGGGCGGGGUCAGGGCCCGCUCCGCCUGCCGCUUGGGUGAGGUAGCGGUCGGGUUGAUGGAGCCUGAGGGCCGGAGCAGUGAGCCGUGUUUUACCCGGCCUGGGGGGACCCUGUGUGGGGAUGAGUGGGGCCCCGAGGCUGAGCGCCUGGACUCUUCCUAUGGAUCCGUGUCUCUGAGCGGGCGGCUGGAGGAGGAGGAGGAGGAGGAGGAGGCCGGGGGGCCCGGGGCCCGGGGGACCGGGGAUGGCCCCGACCCCGGCCCCGACCCCGACCCCAAGGCCGACAGAGAGCGCCUCGACUCCUCGUACGGAUCUCAAUCCCUCAGUGAGUCGCUGAGUGAGGCUCUGCAGCGGGACUGCCGCCUGGGAGAGGCCGAGGACCGAGAACCGGGCCCUGGUCUAAAGGCCGGAGAACCGCUCAAUCCCUACACCUUCCUGGGGGAGGACGGAGACUCGAUCGUACACCUUGCAAUAAUCCACAAAGCUGAAGAGUGCGCCCUCCAUUUCAUUUCUUACUUCACAGUGGAAGUGUUGAACAUGCAGAACGAUCUGUUCCAGUCAGCCCUGCAUUUAGCCGUUUACACUGAGCAGCUGAACGUUAUACGUGAGCUCAUGCUGAAGGGGGUAAGUCUCGAUCAGCAAGACUGGAAUGGGAACACUCCGCUCCACCUGGCCUGUCAAUACCAGCUACUCGACUGUGUGAGGCUGCUGACAGGGAACAAGACGGGAAAGAAGCUGAACAUGGAACUCCAGAACUGGCAAGGUAGGACAUGCCUCCAUGUAGCAACUCUCACAAAGAACCAGGAGAUCAUAGCCGUGCUGCUACAAAAGGGAAGCAACAUUAACACCCAGGAUGGUCCGAGUGGGAAGACCUGUCUGCAUCUGUCUGUGGAGUCUGGGGAGCAGUCGCUCGUGCACUUCCUGCUGCGAAGAGGAGCCAGUGUUGAUGCAAUAAUGUAUAAUGGCUGCACUGCCCUGCACCUCGCUGUAGGCAGAUGGGACACCCAGACUGCAGACAUCCUGUGCCAGGCUGGGGCAGAUCCCCUGCUCCCCAAUGUGGAGGGGGACACCGCCCAGGACCUGGCCACUGGCAAUGUUGAUAUCCUUGCCUUGUUCCCAUUUGAUGAUAUUAAGUUGAUGGGGAGGCCAGUAACAUGCGCUGAAUUUUGAUGACUUGUUGGAUGCUAAAAGCCUCACGAGAGAUGGAGGUGGGCGUAGAUACGGUGCUUCACCAGGACUGCAGACUUGGUUCAAGUACUGGCUGAACAUUCAUCAUGAGUGAAUUGAUGAGCCACUGGGGUUUAGAGGUCGUGACCUCUUCACCCACACUGAAACCUCAAACUAGGAACUUUGGGAUGUGUUCGCUUUAACACCAUCUCCUAACCGUCCUGCCACAGGGCAAUACAAGAAAGAGGAAGGAGUUGUUACGUUUCUAUGGCAUCUUUCACAAUCUCAGGACGUCUCAAAAUGCUUUGCAGCCAGUGAAAUAUUUUUGUGAUUUUUUUGAGAGUGAUUAUUUCCGGAAUAUGGUAGCCAAUUUGAGCAUGGCAAGAUUCCACGAACAGCAUUGUGAUGUAGACCAGAUAGCCACUGUUAUUGAUGUAGGAUAAGGGAUAGAUAUUGAACUGGACACCAGGACAAUUCCCCUGUUCAAUUAAGAAUAAUGCCAUGGGAUCUUUUAUAUCCGAGAGCAUAAAUGGGGCCUUGGUUUAAUAUCUCAUCCUGGACUUGUUCAUUCCUGGUGUUCAUUUUCUUCUGUACACUGGUGGACUCAGUAAUAAACUUGAACUAACACCUG